AUGCUGAGAUAUACGCGAGCCAGCCGCAUCUCCCAGCCCUCCCACGGCGUUCCGGGCAAGAUAAUCCGCGCCGAACAAGCGAUUCACGCCCGGCCGGCAGUGAUUGAGCAACUCCAGGCACCGCGCCUGAUAUCCACGUCCUCCCACCCACCAGAGAACACCUCAGAUCCACCGCUACACCUUGUCCUAACCUUUGCCUCUCUCUCUCUCCUCCCUCCCCCCCCCCCCUCCACUUCCUACUCUUCAAAUCUGCCGGAUCUCUCCGUCUGUCCCCCCUUUCCUUUUGCUGCAGGGGCUUUUGAGGAUACUUCUGCUGCUUCUGAAGUCCUCUCACAUCCUUGGCUUUGGCUGGUACCCCCCGUCGGGUUGCGUCUGGUCGGGUUCUCUCCUAUACCUCGUUCCCGUCCUUUGCCAUCCUGUGUCGCUUGUUCGCCGCCCUGCCCCCCCCGGCUGAUCUUACCGCGCAUUUUCGGUCAACUGGCUUCUGUGAACAAGUACACCAAUCCUUUCUUCUCUUAA